AUGUCUCGUGGCAAGAAAAGGAAACAUGGCACAGACAGCGUGCCGGACAAUCAGGUGUCUGCUUCGUCCAUAAAUUAUACGCCUGUACAAAAGGACCUGUUGCUGCCGCACUACCCUCUCGUUCGCACUCUAAGGCAGCAUGUGCUCGCAAGCCUCCCAGAUUCCUCAAAGGUCAGACGCAAGAAGAUUGCGGCUGUGGGAUCAAGCAUAGGCGCAAGCAAACUAGAAGCGCAGCUUGCGCAGUUGCUUGAUACUGCUCUAGUUGGCUGCAAUCAGCCAGCACCAAGGUCUGAAUCAGAGGAAAGCACAUGGCGGCAAUGGCUGUCCUUUUCUCAGAAGGGAGAUGAAUCUUAUGUGACUAUAUCUAACGGAAUAGCUUCGUCGUUUGAUCAGCAGUCUGAGAUUCUUGACUUUGUCAUCUGGCUUCUAUUUUCUAGAGAGCGGGCUGGAUCAUGGCCCAAACACCUGCUUUGUGAUGGCUUCCGUAAAAGUGCCAGAGAUGAUCAAUCUGCCCGGUCAACCAUCCCCGAAGUAUACAGCCAGUAUCCCAAUUUCCGCGUCAAGGCGCUGAGAGAAACGCCGUGGCCGCACCUCCUGGCUCUGCUUGGCCAAGCCGGCGAAAGAGUCAUGAUUAACCUAUUAACUGAAUGCUCUGUAUUCCUCAAGGUUGAUUCAGGCUUAGACAACUACUUACAACUGACUGGUAUUCCCUUGUCUGAGCUGGAUGCCGGGACGCCAAAUCCUAGUUUGAAGCCUCAACCACGCAAACCCACGGAAAUUACUCUUGUUCGCAGCAGAAUAUUCUACGCAAAGCCGACAACCACCGCGAAAGGCCUAGUCCAUGCGGGCUUCAAGCAUAUCCGUACAUGCUCUUAA